AUGAAGCUCGAGCAUGCUCGCUUCAGCGCCCUUCGCGAAAAGGGUCGCUCGCUCCGACGCAAGAGCGAUCGCACACGAAUCCAGGCUUCGUCUUCGUUUACGUGCGACGGCUCGUCGAGCUUGCCCGAAGCGGCGCAACACCGGGUUUCGCACGAGGACAUGCCAUCUUCGACCCGCACAUCGAGUGUCGAGCACAUUGGCCAUCAUUACUAUCAUCACGAUGAGUUUUCGAGUAACAGCCCUGUCGUUCUUUCCGGCGACACGGAGCUGCACGAUCCGAACUUUAUACGUCACAACUGGGAGAUGAUUUCGGGCGGCUCCAUGUUCCCAGACAAUCAGCUGCAUAUCGGACGAGCUGCAUCACCCAAGCUUACUAGUCGACGAAGCACACUCUCGUCUCGUACAAGCUCGCGUCCGUCUUCUCGAUCAGGCAGUGAGGCGGGCGGUAACCAUACUGCCACCUUCGGAUUGGGUGUCAGCGCAUUUUCAGGAUUCUCGAGCUAUUCGCAAGGUGGACCGAUGGGGCGUGCUAGUGGUGGUCGCGCUUCGUCUUCCAUGCGGGGCCUUCAGGUGGAAGGUUCGAUCCUGCGUGAUGAGGAGGCGAUCCUCGACAGCGACGACGACAGCAGUGACGACGAACAUGACGAUUUGGACAGGCGCGAUAUGCCCUCUGCUCACUAUCAUCACCUUCCUACUUCGCGACGUACAAGCGCAUCUUCGGGACUGGGACCACUGUCUCCGCGAUCAGCGCUCUCAAGUGCUCCGGUCUCGCCGCUUCUGUCACAUGCUCUCGAGCAUCAGCAGUCGUCUUCAUUCCAUCGUCGUCGCCACUGGACCGUAGCUGAGGGCAGUCAAGUCUCGAGUGGAGCUGGUGCGCAUGUCAUGUCUGCGCAGCUGCCCAGAGGCGCUGCUGUGGCGACUCGAAGUUGUUCUCAGCCUGCCUAA